AUGCCGCGGCUUCCUAAUCUGCCAUUGAAACAGAAAAAUAAAAAUAAAAAUAAUAAUAAUACACAAUCUACUCAUUUAAACACAACUAAUGAUCAUGAAGACGUUAUCGAAAACAUAGAUGACGAUUCGACUAGUUGGACUUUGGUCCAACCAACAAAGGAUGGUAAACUUUGUCAUUCUAGCUCUUCCGAACAAAACUCUCCGCAAACUCCGUUGAAUAAAAAUAAAAAGUUUUUUUUUUCCGCAAAUCGUUACGAAGUUUUAUCAUCAAAUGAUCACGAGCCAAUACUCCCAACGACCGAUUCAACUAAUAAUAGUUAUAAAAAACCUGAUGCAUCCCUUAACGUUGAACCUAAGACCGCUUGA